AUGGAAUUUCAGCAGCUUGGGUUACCCGACCCCUCUACCCGGUCUCGUCGACAGCCUGUUGACAGUGAUGCUGAGGAAAGUGAUCCUACGCCCGCCGAGUCCGAAGACAACGGGGAGACGGAAGAGUCCUCCAGUGGAAGAUCGUUGCUCGGCAGGGACCUUGAGAAGGCGCACCGUGCGGCGAAGCUAGAGGCAAGCCCUAAUAGCCUCCCCACACUGGUGACACGCGGGGCUAAUCAGAAUUGGCAGAUACACCCCGGUUGGGUUCAGAGGUUGAAGUGGGCUAGACUUCUACCUUUCGCUCGGUUGGUUGAUGCCACAAUGUCGGAGGUCAUCGGUGAGCGAGGAGGCACGCCGAUCAAGCGCCUUCAGUACGACCACUCCCUACUGACCAGCCUAGAGAGGUUCCCAAUUGGUCGACCAGACAUAGAUGCUGAACGCCCUUUCGAGGCAAACGGGUUCGAUGAUGCGGACCACAUCGACAUGCCUACAAGUCGUCUAAAUAAAACCGUGUCGGCGCACAGCCCCAGGCACCACUGGCGCCGGCACACUCCACGUCACUGCUUGCAGUUCGUCAUCCUGGAACCGCAGAUUUUUUUUUCUUCCACCAACCCCUCGAUCCACAGUGAAGUCACCUACUCGAUUCACCCAGCUUUUAAACACGAUCGCCGCCCCUCCCUCCAACCGCCGGCCGCCGUGACAUCGCUUGAUCACUUCCCCUACUGCCGCUGCCAGACGCGCGCACGGCGAGAGGUGCCGCCGGCUGUCUGUAUGGAGCCGCCACCGCCGCAGCAGGAGCAGCAACUGCUACGAGUCCUGGACAGCGUCAAGCUCUCCCCGGCGGAGCAGCCUCCCGCGUCGUCGUCCCUGCCGCUGUCCGGCCUCGACGCCGACCGCAACAUGCUCGACGUCUCUUUCCGCACGGUCCGCUUCUUCCCUGCCCACCCGGUCUCCCUUGACCCGCUCGACGCCCUCCAGGACGCCUUCGCCGCCGCGCUCGCCCUCUUCCCGCAGCUCGCGGGCUCCCUCCGCGACGACGGCCGCCUCGUCUUCUCCGCAGCCGGCGACGAUGCCGUCACCCUCGUGCUCGCGGCGUCCGAGCUGUCGCUUGCCGACGUCGACGCGGACACGCCGGACGCGCCGCUGCUCGACCGCCUCGCGCCGCGCGACGGAGACGGCGGGCCGGCAGCGCUCGCGCUCCAGGCCACACGGUUCGCGUGCGGCGGCGUCGCGCUCGGGAUGCGGGUGGCGCACGCGCUCUGCGACGGCGCGGGGUCCACCAAGUUCCUCGCCGCCGCGGCACGCCUCGCGCGCGGGCAGCAGCCAGCGGUUGCGCCGGUGUGGGAGCGGCGGGAGCUCCUCGGCCCCCGCAACCCGCCGCGGGUAGUGACGCCGUUCGACGCCGUCCUCGCGACUGACGACGACGUCGGGCAGCGCGGGCCGUACGGCCACGAACAGGAUCCUCUCGCGAGGGCGUGCUUCCAUGUCAGCGACGCGCGCGUGGAGACGCUCAGGGCGCGCCUCGCCGCCGACGCCGGAGUCAGGCUCACGACUUUCGAGGUACUCGCCGCCUUCAUCUGGCGCGCCAGGGUGAAGGCCAACCAAACACCCCCCGACGAGACCGUGAAGAUGGUGUACUCCAUGAACAUCGGCGGGCUCCUGGACCCGCCGCUCCCGGAGGGGUACUGGGGCAACGUGUGCGUGCCGGUGUACGUGGCCCUCGCCGCCGGCGACCUCGUCGGCCAGCCGCUAGCGGAGACGGUCUCCCUGGUCAAGAAGAGCAAGCUGGGCGUGGACGAGGAGUACGUGCGGUCCUACAUCGACUUCCAGGAGCUGCACCGCGGGGAGGGCGUCACGGCGGGGCGGCGCGGCGUGAGCGCCUUCACGGACUGGCGGCGGCUGGGCCACUCGGAGGUGGACUUCGGGUGGGGCGGCCCGGACGCCGUGCUGCCGCUCUCGUGGCGGCUGCUCGGCAGCGUGGAGCCGUGCUUCCUGCUGCCGUACGGUGCCACCGACGAGCGGCGGCGGCGCGGGUUCAAGGUGUUCGUCGCCGUGCGGGAGGAGGCGGUGCUCCGGUUUAAAGAGGAAAUGGAAGAGAUACUGUUGCAGCCUGAGCACAGUGACUGCAUUUCAGUUGGAAAACUGUAAAAUUGGGGCAUUAUUACAAAUUCGUCAAGAAUUUCUAUUUAGCCAA